CAAUGACUUCAUUGGAUUUCAGUUCAGCCUGCAUGUGUUUGAGAGGCGAGGGGAGAGAGUGAGAGAGUGUAAAGAAAGAAAGGAGGUGGGAAAGAAGGGGGCGGUCUGUUCUGUGGCAAAAAAAAACUGCUCAUUCAAGCGCUUGGAGCAGCGAGGCGAGGAGAGGAGAGGAGAGGAGAGGAGGGGAGAGGAGCAUCGAAUCUGGGAUCAGCUGGAAGAGACCUCCUUACCCCCCUACCCCGCGGGGCAAAAGGCCACCCACCGUCUCACGAAUGUUUUCACGGACGGUCUCACUGACUUGCAAAUUCCACGUCCGACGCACUAAACUCGUGCUAGUGAGCAACGUUGUCGAUUAAGACGAGGAAGGAGGUGUGUGUUUUACGACGGAUAAUGAACAGGAUUGCGGGCAGACCUUGAAAUGUCCCCUCGUGUGAUGUGACGUUGCGGGCUGGCCUGCACGCCGAUAAAGAGGCGCAAAAACGUACCGACCUAAAGCAGUCGGCGGACAAGAACCAGGAAGAGUGUCACCUGGACAACCAGCAACUCCUAAGAUAACCCAGUUUGGUCAAUGAGCAGAUCUGAAGAAUUUUGUGGCAUUUAUUUGGUUUCUCUUUGUUGGAGGAGGGAUUUGCCGUGCAGUGUGGAGAGUAUUGAGGGACGUUUAAUUCAACGUUAGCUGACACGUACUUGCUGGGAGAUUUUCCUGGGGUCAGGCAGCUCGGGAAAGGGCGUGCCCCCCCCCCUCCCCCCCGCCUGGGAUUGAACCAUGUGCCAUGUGAUUGUGACCUGCCGCUCCAUGCUGUGGACACUGCUGAGCAUCGUGGUGGCCUUCGCCGAACUCAUCGCCUUCAUGAGCGCCGACUGGCUGGUGGGCAGGCCCCGGGCGAACGGCACCCUUCCGCCUGCCAACCGCUCCGGCGCGCUGACUGACCCCUACCGCCCGACCCUGGGCAUCUACAGCCGCUGCCUCAAGCUGUCGCACCUGGUCAGCGUGAAGCGCGGCAGCCUGUGCGGCCCCUACGCCGAGAGCUUCGGCGAGAUCGCCAGCGGAUUCUGGCAGGCCACCGCCAUCUUCCUGGUGACGGGGAUCCUCAUCCUCUGCGCCGUGGCGUUCGUGUCCGUCUUCACCAUGUGCGUGCAGAGUUUCCUGAAGAAGAGCAUUUUUAACAUUUGUGGGUUACUACAGGGAAUUGCAGGCCUCUUUCUAAUUCUUGGCCUCAUCCUGCAUCCUGCCGGAUGGGGUUCUCAGAAGGUGGUGGACUACUGUGGACCAGACGUUUCACCUUACCAGUUAGGUGCCUGUUCUCUGGGCUGGGCCUUUUACACAGCAGUUGGUGGAACAGUCCUCACAUUCCUUUGUGCGGUGUUAUCAGCCCAAGCAGAAAUCGCAACAUCGAGUGAUAAAGUACAGGAAGAAAUUGAAGAAGGGAAGAAUCUCAUCUGCUUGCUGUGAGAAAACCUUACACCUCAGCGAUUCUCUAUUUGUUUUUGAAAUGGGGCACCGGAAAUUAUGGCCACUUGCUAUCUUCCUAUUGAAUUUAAAAUUCAUGCGUUUGGCAGUGAUUUGGACCUGACUUCCAUCCAAAUGUCUCACAAAAACCCAGAGCUGUCAUGGAGAAACUUUUGAACUUGCUUUUUCAUUCCUGACUCUGGGAUUUCCUUUUAGAAACUAUCUGCAACAACACCACACAGUCUUGGACAUAUAAAGAGUUAAUACGUUAAAGCCACUUGACAUGACAGAGGUGAUUGAAGCUCUUCUGUAUGCAUUCAAAACGCUGAUGGAUAAUUCCGAAAAAUGUUCUAAAUUGUCAAAGGAAAACAAGUUCCAGUCUAAACUUUCAUUUGCAGUGGAAUGCAGACUGCAUCUUCCACCAUUACAACCAAGAACCUUUAUAACAUUUGUGCAGCAUCUUAUUUCCAAUUUCACCAGCAUGUUUAUGAAUCAACUUCCAAGACAAAAAAAAGUGCGGUUCAUUCCUUAAUCAAAUGGUCUCGCACUUUAGUAAGAAAAUCACCCAAACUAUUAAGAUAAAAGUGCAUGAAAUUGUUGCACAUUAACCCCCUUGAAGAGUACAGCAGUUGCUUCAAGUUAUUUUCUAUGGCAUAUAGACUUCGAGCAUGCAUAAGAUAUUUGGUUGAAAGUAAUGGGGAGAUCAAAGUAUGACCUUGUUAUAGAUCUCUUAAGUUGAAAGGAUGUUUUUGUAAACUUUUUUUUAUGAGGUCAACUGAAAAAAAUGGCAUGAGUAAUAUCUUUCAGAUAAAGCUGGUUUUAAUGCACAGUAAUACUUGCCGAGAUGGUCACGUCCAAGGUCAGCAUGAAGCGAACAUUUGAAGAAUGUUAAUAAACAACUUGUAAUACAGUAGUUGGUCCCAGCAAUAUUAAACUUAUUAAUUGCUGAUGCUAUUUCUGAUCCAGGCAUUCAUGGCAUUUGCCAAAAUGCUUAAAACCACUGUGAAUGACUUGAGAACCAUCACACCUUAAUAUUAGUGAGUUUUGGCCGUCCUUGGCUAUUCCGAGAAACAUUAACCAUUAUGUGAGCAAUUUUCAAUGCAAAUUAUCACUGGGUACGUUCCAUUUGCUGUCAAAUCUAUCCUUCCGGCAUGCCUGAGUCAUGAUCCACCACUGCUAGUUAGAUAUGAUACUGUGAGUGUAAGAAUUUCAGGAGUUGAAUUUGAUUAAAAAAAAUUCUACCUUAUAUCAUUUCAAGUAAGGAAAAUUACGGGCAUUUGUGAAUUCGAAUUUAAGAUUGCCAAAAUAAUUGAUUUAUGUGGAAGGGCAAGAAUGGGGAGAAUUGAGUUUGGGAAGGGAAAGCAGAAGUUGUGCAUUCUUUGAAACUGACCAGGUUUGUUAAUUGCGUUUGUUUGUUGCACUGAUGGCAAAGAUGCGUCCAAAACGUGGUGAUGCAACGUCAGGACUGAACUGUUGCGAAAGUAAAUAGGCGGGAAGGCUUUCCGAAGACUCGCAGGCUGUUUUUGUGAAUAGGAAAAGCGAAUGGGCUGCAGAAAUUGGCUUGCCAAAUAUUAUCUGUGCUGAUAAACCCGUGGGUUUUUUUUUGUAAGAUCUGCGAUUGUAUUUUGACCACCUUUAAAUAAAAAAAAGUCCCGGCCGAUGUUCAUUAAGUCAAUAUGUUUAAUGUUAGGUGCCAUAGUAUUUUAAGAUUUUAGCCAUUAUUUAAAAUUUCCACCAUGUGUGAAAUAUGUGCAAUAAUUAAUAAAGAAAUUGAAAUUGCUUAUGGAACAUUCGUACAUGGUAGAAGGGAAGUGGAUUUUGAUUUGGAGCUGCAGUGAACAUUUUAGUUCCUGGAGCCACUUUGUAAAAAAAAAAAAAAAUAUCCCUUGUUCCAGCAAUAUUUUAAGAUUCCUUAACAGUAUUAACGGUGUCAGGGCUUAUGGGGACAAGGCAGGAGAAUGGGGUUAAGAGGGAAUGAUAGAUCAGUCAUGAUUGAAUGGCGGAAGCAGACUUAAUGGGCUGGAUGGUCUAAUUCUGCUCCUAUAACUUAUGUGUUAUUAAAGUUAUGAUCUCAGGCGUUCACUCCAGCCAAAUCCCCAGCCUCAUGCUUUGUUUUUUUCUAAGGCUAUUGCUGGAUUGGACAAGAGCUGCCAAAGAAACCACUAGUUGGUGAGUAAAGGGAGGCAGAUGUGACUCUUACCCGAGUUCUCCUUGCCAAUUCAAGUGCAGACCCAGGACCUUUCUUCAGAGAGAGCAAAGAUGCAAGUGCAAGUGGGGAGCAUCCAUGGUGGUGUGGUGUAGGAUUUGUAGGGACCAAUUUAGUAAUACACUAGGAACAAUUCAGAUGCUGGUGACUCUUUUAUUUUACUGCCAAUGUGCCCUUUGACAAAUGUAUGUGGUUUUCAUCAUUUUCGAUGUCGUUUUAUUAUACCAAAUUUAAUAUGUACAUGAAGAAUGAUUGAUAAAGGAUGUAACAUUCAACCACUAAUCAUGAACAAUCAAUAUUGUUUUUAAAUGACAUUUCUGCUAUAUUAACCUCCACUAUUCAGGCUCUGCUUUGUUGGACAAUGAGGUACGAAUUGUGGGGGGGAAAUCGGUAUAAUAAAUUUUUCAGAAAAACUGUGUUGUUCAGCCCUCUUUCAAAGUUACUUUGCACGCUAUUUUACACUGUGUGAUGAUUGUGUUCGGCCAUCAUGAUGGAAUACUGUGAUAGUUGAUUGUUAAAUGGUCAGCUGGAUAUCGUGCUUUUUUCGUUUAGGCUCAGUUACCACCGUUUCUUUUCUAUAGUUAAACUGAGUUUUCUACCUGUUGAUGGAGGUUUACUAAACACAAAUUCCAAAGCAAAAUAUAACCACGGCUCUCCAUUAAUAGCGACAAUAAAAUUGAUUGCGACACCAGUAACCACUAUUACUAUACCGCCACGGUGUUUGUAGCUACAAAACCAAGCUGACAUUUCUGCUACAAAAGACACACAAAGUGCUGGAGCAACUCAGCUGGUCAGACAGCAUCUCUGGAGAACAUGGACUGGUGAUGUUUCAGUCGGGACCCUUUGUGUCUCACUGUUGUUUCUGCCAACCUAGUUUAAUGAUUCCGCUGAGCAUUCCAGGAACUGUCCAAGCUGGCCAUUUACCCUAUUGCUUUCGUAACAAGAAAAUUCAGCUGUGCUGUUUGUAUUUCUUUCUGUGUUUCCAAAAAUGCUGAAAUUUGUGGGCAAAUUUGGAGUAUUAAAGCUGUGUGCAUUUCAUAACUACAA